UGUUGCCAUCCGCCAGGAAAACCAAGAAGUAUUUCUCUGUAGCGUUUAUCGCCUGUCCACACUCCAAUUCAGUAGGGGGCGGUAUUGUCUACCGCCUAAAAAUCAAAGAAGAAGAAGAAGCUUUUAUGGCCUAAGCUAGAAAACUGCUGCAUUGUCCCAUUCCUGCUAAUAUUUCAGCAACCAUGUCUUCAGCUCAGCAUCUCAGAGAGUUUAUCAGAGAGAGACUAACUGCUGCUGCUCAAGAAAUCUUCACCGAGGUUGAAAAAACCAUCAUUUGCUACGAGGAAGAGCUCGAUGCUCAGCGCAGGAUGAUGGGGAUCAACUGGAAACCAGAAAUUAAGCUACACAGAGUCGGUUCGGAGCUGCAGAGACAAAGUUCUGACCUCCAACAGCCAAGUGUCUCCAAUGAGGAAGAAGCUUCUCCCAUCCAACAAGUCUGUAGCCUGGCAAGUAGGUCCAGUCAGGAUCAGAAAGAAGAAGAACAUCAGUGGACUGAAGAGGUACAGAUGGAACCAGAAACAAAAUGGAUUAAAGAAGAAGAGGAGGAACCAGAACCUGCACUGCUCAAACAUGAGCAAAUAGAAUAUCCACUAACAAAUGUAAAAAAAGAGGAGUUAGAUUCUUCAGUGUUUCAACAUGAACAGCAGCCACCAGAACAUUUACUAACUGGACAGGACCAGAAGAACCUCAGCAGCAAUCAGGAGGGAGAGCAGCUUGUCCAGAAGCAGUUUGCUGCUUUGAUUGAGACUUCUACUCUUCAGGAAGAUGAUAUGAAUGAAGACGAGACAAAAGCAGAGCAGCUUUCCCUUCAUAUCUCUCCAGUGGUUGAGAGCAAAGAUCAGGAAGGAAGCAGCUCCUCUGUGUCAGAGAGUCAGUCUGGUACCAGUACAAAGAAAAGAUCUUUCAAAUGUGACAUUUGUGGGAGAUGUUACACACGACAGUGGUACUUGAAAAACCAUUACAAAACCCACACUGAUGAGAGUCUUUUUUUAUGUGAAACAUGUGGAAAGAGUUUCUCACAACUUAGUGAUUUAAAAGUCCACAAUAAAUUUCAUACAGGUCAGAGACCUUUUUCAUGCGACUCAUGCGGAAAAGGUUUCUCACGAAAUGGAGAUUUAAGUGAACAUAAGAGAAUUCAUACAGGUGAGAGACCUUUUUCAUGCGAAUCAUGCAGAAAAACUUUCAAACGAAUUGGUGAUUUGAGAGUCCACAAGAGAAUUCAUACAGGUGAGAGACCUUUUUCAUGCGAAUUAUGUGGAAAAAGUUUCUCACAAAAUAGUACAAUAGUUUAAAUGAGCACAAGAAAACUCAUACAGCUGAGAAGCCUUUUUCAUGCCAGUCUUGUUAUAAAAGCUUCUAUCGAAGGGAUAAUUUGAGGAUUCACAUGAAAACUGAUAGAGAUCGGGGGGGCCUUGCCUUGACAUGUCUUGCUGCUGAAAUAAAUAAAUAAAAUUUGAUUGAUUGAUUGAAGCCAAACUUGUGGAAAGAUGUUAUUUGAAAUUGAUUAUUUAGAGACCACAUGGGUAUAUCUGUUGUUUGAAUUGUUAAAAUAUACUUUUUUUUUACACCAUUUUAGUUUUGCAAGUACUCUCAGGUAUUAAAGAAUGAUGGGCAGUAGAUCCUGAGGACUUGGUUAGGAGAACCUGGCCUAGUCAAAGGCCAGACUUCAACCUUACUGAAAUCCAGAUUUUUUUUCAGAGAGCUGUGGAGAAACAGAUUUUUGUAAAUCUAAAUGAUCUGCUGCAGGGUUCUAAGAAAAACUUAGUGAACGUUGUUCCACAAACAUGAUGUUGAAGCUUUAUAGUUACAUUUGUUGACUUCUGUAUAGAUUUUUUUUAAAUCAGAGUUUAAUUUUAUGUGAAUUUGAAAUGGACCAAAGUUUCAGUUUUGAGGUAUGACCCCCAACUUCUGUUUCCUCCACUGCAAGGGGUGAGGCUGAUUGUAAUACCUUAUCUAAAUCCAAUGUAGUUGCACGGAUAUAUUUGUCUUGUUUUAAUUAAUUAGAUUUAAGUUAUUUUUCAGUAUCCCACUU